AUGGUUCAAGAAUCAAAUCAAUCAUCUGCCGAAAACGGGCCUAUGAAACGGACUAUACAAUUCGACGACAGCCCACCCCCAAAACGUCGUCAGAUCCAUCGUCCAGUCUUCACCCACUCAAAAGACACCGUUCUCUGCACCGCGUGCAAGGAUGCUUUCAGCAAAGAGGCAGUCAAGGCCGACGACUUCCGUCGAAGACGUCGCAAUCAUCAUCACGAGUCAUCCGAGGAUCUCGCCAAGGCAGUCGAAAAGGGAUGUUAUUUCUAUAAACGCUUUGCGCGUCACUCUGCGGAUCCGAGCAUUUCGACUGUUCUGAACGAGGAUCUCAUUCUUCAUCCAAGACCCAAUCCCUCUACUACUGAAAAGACUGACGAGAUACUAGAUGACGAGCCACCUGCGUGGUUGAGUCCACGCAUGGACUCGCAAGAUGCUUUCAUAACAAUGCAAAAGUGGCUCAAUGACUGUGUCCGAAACCAUACCGAGUGCAAAGUUUUGUACAGCCAUUCGACCUGGCUACCUUCCAGGCUCAUUGAUGUUGGAGACCCAGGUAGUUACUGGUGGAAGGUCAUCACCACCGAGCAUCAUCAAACGCCUGCCAGUUAUGGAGGUUAUCUCACGCUGAGUCACCGCUGGGGCUCUUCGCCAUUCGUACAGCUCACGUCGGACACACUGCCCGCAUUCCAGAACAACACAGCUAUCAAGAGUCUUCCCAAGACCUUCCGCGAUACGAUCACGCUGGCUCAUCACUUCAAUAUUCGUCAUAUCUGGGUCAACUCACUAUGCAUCCUUCAAGAUAGCCCAUUAGAUUGGAAGAAAGAGUCCUCCAGAAUGCACCACGUGUACUCCAACUCCACCUGCAACAUCGUCGCCGCACACUCCGAGGGACCCGAUGGUGGACUCUUCACAGCGAGAGACCCAUCCGUCUUGGAAUCGUUUGUUGUUUGCUCAGAGAGGACGGAUGUCCCGUCUGGCGAAUACACCGUCUGGGAUCACACGUCCAUCCUAAACGACUACAACAGAGCCCCGCUGUACGAGCGCGGUUGGGUCUUCCAAGAGCGCUUACUGCCCAAAAGGACUCUUCACUUCGGUAAAGACCAAGUCUUUUGGAAAUGUAGACGGCGCCUGGCCUGUGAGAGCUUGCCCGACGGCAUAUCGGUGGCACCAGACAACGACGUGGUCGAGCGCGAGGAAGGCCACCUGGUUGAGGAGUACUCGGGCUGUAGCUUGACCUACGAAAAGGACAAGCUCGCGGCCUUGAAUGGAAUGACCAGCAUCUUUUCUAAUACCUCCUUGAGUCGAUACAUUUCCGGUAUCUGGAAUACACACAUCGCCCGACAAAUCUGCUGCAGCUUGAACCCUGCGGCGGAAAAGAAGCCCCGACCUGCUCAUCCCGCCCCAUCUUGGUCGUGGGCUUCCGUGCAAGGCAAGGUCUCGUUCAAGGCCAUCGUGAACAGCGACGAGAGCAUCUUACAUCUCGCGCGUCAUAUCUACCAUAGCGCCCAUAGCAAUGCUCCCGCAGGACGCCGCAUACCACUCGGAGGCUAUAUCAGCAUGAGCGGCAGCGUUUAUACUCUCAAAGUGUCGGACAUGUCCAACGACGGGGUUUCGCUGAGUCUUGAUGGAAGGUCGGAGCGACUGGACUACAACCCUUUCGUCUUUGACUUUUAUCGGAAGGAUUUACUCCCCGUGGAGGUGGUCAUCUUACCACUCAUGUGUACCAGGGAACCUCCCGUCAACGCAGAGGGCGUCGAGAUUGCCGGUUUGAUAUUGCAUCCUUUGGGCUACAUCAUCGACGACUGCGGGAACAUGGCACUUCGAGGAUCCUACAGAUAUUGCGACUUCAUUGUAGCUGAAAUGGAGCCCAUUGUGCUUUAG